AUGAAUUGCAGAGGACAGUCAUAUGAUGGUGCUGGAGCAAUGGUUGGUCACACCAAAGGAUUGUCCUCUCGUAUUUUAAUUCUAAUUGAAAAAGCUACAUUUGUUCAUUGCUAUAGCCAUAGGCUUAAUUUAGUUAUUUGUGGCUCGUGCAAUGUGCAAUAUGUCAAGAAUCUUCUAGCAUAUGUUAAAGAGGUAUCAUAUUUUUUCAAUCUUUCACCUACCAGACAACAAAAGUUAGAGGAACACAUUGAAUGUACUGUUCCAAUAGCUGUUAAAAAAAAAUUAAAAGAUGUUUGCAGAACACGUUGGGUGGAAAAAGUAAAUGGUUUAGAUACUUUUCAAGAACUUUUUGUUCCUUUGGUCUCUUGUCUUGAAGAAAUGUCUUUAAAUGCCAAUAAGAGUUUUAAUCAUUCAACAGCUUCUAGUGCAUCAUCCCUUCUGAAACUAAUUACAGGUUUUGAUUUUAUUGUUGCUAUGUGCAUAACAAGAAAUGUGUUUGACUUAACUCUUCCCAUAACGCGAAUGUUGCAGUCAAAGAGUAAUGAUAUUUAUGAUGGUUUGAAUCUUAUUCAGGCGUUAAAAGAUGUUGUGAUUUCACUUAGAAAUAUCGUUGAUCAACACCAUAAAAUGUGCUAUGAACAGGCUUUAAAAAUUGCACAAAGUAUUAAUGUAGCUGAAGCAAAGCCAAGAACUUCAUUUAUUUCCAAAAACAGAGAUAAUACUCCUUCUGAAUCUAUUUCUGAUUAUUUUAAGUUAGUUAUCACGAUUCCUUUAUUAGACCAUCUAAGUGUUGAACUAGACACAAGGUUUGAUGAUACUACCUUAAAAUGUUAUAAAGCACUUGUGCUAGUUCCUACAAAAAUGAUUUCAGUAGUGCAAUGUUCUCAUGACACCAGUUGGAAAGACUCCAUCAUAUCUUUCAGUGACUUUUACACAACAGACUUACCGAAUCCGCUUGCUUUGUCUGGUGAGCUUGAUUUAUGGGAAGCCUUCUGGUUAAAUUUUGAAGGAGAUGUCCCUUCUAAUAUUUCCGAGACGUUAAAAGCGAUAAAUUUUCCUGGUUUUGAAAACAUAAAAGUUUGUCUUAAGUUACUUGCUACCUUUCCAUUAACUUCAUGUGAGUGUGAGCGGACAUUUUCUUCACUUCGGCGCCUAAAAAAUUAUAUGCGAAGCACCAUGGUUCAGGACCGUCUAAAUGGUUUAGCAUUAAUGAGUAUUCAUUCAGAAAUAGUUAUAGAUAUCAAUAAAGUCAUUGAUAAGUUUGCCACUAAUAAUCGUAGAUUAACUUUUAAAUAA